AUGGGGGUGAGGCAAAACAAGAGUAACAACAACAACACUAUUAACGGCAAUAGCGGCAUCCCUAGUGGUGGUGUGGCAACCACCGUGCGUCAGUCGAAGCCACCACCGUCCCUUAAAAAGAAGAAGGAGGACCCGCGCCCCCUCGGGCGUGGGAGGCGGAGAGGUAGCGGCAGUGUCGGUGGUAACGGUGGGUGUGGGAAUGGCGGCAGAGCGUUGCUGCAGCGCCUCUUUGAGAACGCCAGUAGACAAGAUGGGCUGCCAAAUUCGGCAAGCCCCACACCUAGACCGUCUGGCGCACGUAGGCGUCCCUCUGGGAAUCGGUCACCGACGGUGAGAGUUAGAAAUAACUUGUUGAAUACACAACAAGAGCAACAGCAACAGCAGUCAGCGUCUCCGUCCCCUUCGUCGCCGGAAGAUGAGAAUGAUGGCGCCUGCGGUGGACAGGGGGCCAAUUCUGGUAUCCCAUCCGAAUGCUCUAGCUUGAACUCUAGCAUUGCCCAAACACCUCACGCCAAGGAUCUGCUAGACUUGGAUGAGGAUGAGGAGAGGGAACGGCUGAAGCAGGAGCAACCACUCUGCGACGACACGGAGCGGCUUACACCAUACGACGAGGAGGACGAAGAGGAGGCAGUUCAGCGAUAUAUGGGUAACCGAGAAGGGCUAAGUGUCCCACGCGAGGCACACCAAAAUGGUUUAUUUUCGACAGAUUCCACAUUUGAGGCGGUAGACAGCGUGGAUGGUGUUGUUGUAGAACGUUUCCAUACCCCUCGGUCGAAGCGUGGGCGGCCGCGGAGGGUCUGGCGUGAUCGCUCGUGUUCAUCAUCGGCUUCGCGUCGUGAGAUCCACCACCAGCACCGACCUGGGGAGCGAUCGCUGCCAGAUGGCAUGUCGGACUCUGUCUGCCGCACCUUGAGCCUGUACGAUGCCUUUUUCCUAGAUGAGAAGAGAAAGUUGUGGUUUGUUGAUGAUAUCGUCCUCACGCGGUGCCUAGAUUACGUUGGGCUUAUGGACUACGAAAGACCGAUGUCACACCAACGCCAGCAACCACACGACGCACUGCUCGCGACAAUGUGUGGGCAGCUAUCAUCGCCGAUCUGGUGCAAGGAGGCGGAGCGGCCACACUCGUCUGGUGGCACGUCCUCGCGUCGUUGGGCAUUGCGUGGACCGCCGUGUUGCACAGCAGCGCGAUCGUUGGCGUCCACGCUCUUUCUGGACUACCAAGAGGCGGAAAGGUGGCUGUCAGAGCAGGAGUAUGUUGUGGGCGCCAUUCUAGCAUGUUGCGCACGGGUCGAUGGACGCAGCCCCCGCACCGGGGGUGAAGCAGUGCCGUACUUGUCCCCCAGUCGCCACCCCAUUCUCCAGGCAGCUGUCUUUGUGCUGGACCGAUUUCCUCACUGGGGCGGUGUCGCGGGAUUUGUGGAGAAGUGGGAGCAGCAGGUGGGUCUCGUACUUGGAACUGCCGCGCCGUCACACCAGCGCGUGUUCCGCUUCCAGGACGAGGGAUUGUUGUUUUCUUCGGACAUGGAGGGCGGUAAUCUGGCGCGGGUGGAGCGCGCACGCGACGCAGCACCUCAGCCCACCUUCAACCUCUGGAUGGAGCCGGAUUUAGGUUGCGAGCAGAGGUUGUGGUUUCGCUUCGCUAUUGCUGGUGUACGGCCGCACUCCGCCAUCGGCUUACGGAUUGUUAAUAUUCAACCAAACACUAAACUGUAUCUGCGGAAUGGCAUGCGGCCGGUCUGGCGGGCGGGGCAGUCGCCGUUGCAGUGGACACCCGUUGGGCAGUGCGUGUACCGCACCAUUAACAACGAGGCAGAUGGGGAAUUGACGUUUGUUGUCGUCCCCCGCACUCGCGAUGUGGUGCAUGUCGCAUUCUGUGUUCCAUACACGUACGCCGACCUCCUGUGCCAUAUCACACACUGGCAUCACCUCGUCAAAAAGAGUAUGUGUGGUAUUCGAUUCGAGGAGCGUGUCUUGUGUCAUACACAGGAUGGGCGCAAGCUGCAUCUCUUGGUCAUCACAAGCCCAACUCCAAAGCCUUCACAGAUACCCCAAAAGCGGCGCGGCAACGACGGCAGUGGUACUCUGCGGCAGUCUAUCGCUGGUCCAUACGCACAUUUUGAAAAUGGCAAGAAAGUGGUUUUGUUAAGCAGUCGUGUGCAUCCUGGUGAAGUCACCGCGUCACACGGAAUUCAUGGUGCCAUUUCAUUCCUCCUCUCAAACGACCCACAUGCGACCUUAAUCCGGGACCAUUUCGUCUUCUAUAUUGUGCCCAUGCUGAACCCUGAUGGUGUCUCACGUGGACACUCCCGGCUUGAUCAAAAUGGCUUCAACCUCAAUCGCUGCUACAAUUGCCCUGAUCCACAGACACAGCCUACCGUAAAUGCGCUGCGGAAGGUCUUUGAACACCUGCAACAGACCUUUCGCGAGCGUUUCUUCAUGUACAUGGACUUUCAUUCCCAUGCCUCACAGUCGAGCGGGUUCAUGUUUGGUAACUGCCUCCCAGUCACAGUGCAGCACUGGAACAUGGUUUUCCCCAAGAUCGUGAGUCUGCACGCGAAGGAUGUCUUCUCCUACCAGCUGUGUCGCUUUGGUCGCGGUCAUAUGACAAGCAAAGAAGGCAGCUCACGCGUCCUCUUUGGUGGUAGUCUCAUCCAUUCUUACACGGUAGAGCUUACCCAUUUCUCCAACAACCGCAUGUACGUUGAUGGCGCCUACACUGAUGGCGUUCGUUCUCCUAUUACUACUACUGCAACUCUCGGCGACGGUGACGCAUGGGAGGCGCGCUACGCGAACACGCUCGGCAACGGCAACAAUAACAGCCGCCGUCGUCACGCCACCACGCCGCGGAGUAACGCGAGUGUGUCGCCGCCACGUUCCCGCUCCGNCCGCCACUCCGCCGGCAGGGCAACACGAAGCGCCGUGUGGACGGUGACGCAUACGACAGCGGCGUCGGUGGCCGCCGCGACACGCUGCGCCACAUAG